GCCUACACACAUAACACAUUGCGACGGUAGAUAACGGUAUGGUGAAAAUGGAAUCUACAGAAGAACAGGAUAGAAAGCUUGUCUUAGAGUUUUGCCAUUUGCUAGAGAAAUCUAAGCAGUUGUUCAAUGGACUCAGAGACCUACCACAAUACGGACAUAGGCAGUGGCAAGCGUACUUUGGCCGUACCUUCGAUGUUUACACUAAACUAUGGAAGUUCCAGCAGCAGCAUCGUAUGGUGCUGGACUCAAAGUACGGACUAAAGCGUUGGCAAAUAGGCGAGAUAGCCAGUAAAAUUGGACAGCUUUAUUAUCAUUACUACUUAAGAACCAGCGAAACAAACUACCUGAAUGAGGCUUAUCAGUUCUAUGCAGCUAUACGUGGGCGCGCCUACUACUCCCGCGCUGCCAAAGAGGAUCGACCCGAUCUCAUGGUGAAGAAGUUGCGCUAUUAUGCGCGCUUCAUUGUUGUCUGUUUGCUGCUCAAGAAGAUGAAGUUGGUGCGAGAGCUGGUGACUGAGCUGGAGAAGCAGAUACAGGAGUACACGAACACCUACGAGCCGGAAGACCACUUGGAAUGGUCGCUAGUGCUGGAGGAGAUUAAGGGUUUCAUUAAGGCUGAGGCGGCUGUAGCGGUGCUGCAUGCGGACUCCAAUCCGAUUAUAUUGUCGCACAGUGGUUCCGGUUCUAGGCUAUCGCCGUUAACGACGCCGCCGUGUGAGCGCUCGCCACACAUGACACUCAGUUUGCAGGAGAUCCUGAUAGUGGGCUCGGCGUGUGAACAGGCCAAGUUCUCAGAGUUGACCAUGGAUAUGUUCAGGAUGCUACAAACACUGGAGCGUGAGCCCACGGAGUCUGCCACACAUCCGCUAAGCGUCAGUCACGGCUUGCAUGGCCACGACGCUAGUCCGGCUGCUAGUCGUAUUCCACCAUAUGGAGUGCCAGGCUCGAAGGGAUACUUGGAGAAUGGCCGUCAUUAUCGAGACAAUCCUCAUAAAUAUUUAUUAUACAAGCCUUCGAUUAGUCAGCUGCUGGUUUUCUUAGCCAGUGGUUUUAAGGAAUUACCACUAGGUGGUGCUCUACUUUUGUACAUGUCAGCCGACGGUUGUUUCUCAACCACAAAGCAUCCGGAGGACUAUGGGUACGAGCUGGGCGGUUUGGCUACAAGCGUUAAGCGCGAUAGCGUCGAUGGUGGCCUGUCGUGUCGUGGCAAGUCCUAUAAGGAGAAUCAUUGUCUGUAUCCCGGCGACCUUUACCCUUUUACGCGUCGGCCCAUGUUCAUCAUCAUCGAUUCGGAUAAUUCAUUUGUCUUUCAGCACAUACCACGCUAUUUUGGCCAGCCUCUAGUUAUACUUAUGUCUCCACAAGAUGUGCCGCCUGCUUUUCAAACUGAUGUGCAGCAUCAUGGCUCCUUAUUUACAUUGUUCCUGCACUCCCCGCUCACCGCACUCUGUUAUAUUUGUAAUGUCGGCGAUGUGCCAAUACACCAUUGGGAACGCUGUCAGACGUACGUGGAUCGAUUUAUAACAGAGGCCUCGCGACUGGUCACACGUUGCCGUAUUGAUGAGAUCGAGCAGGGGAUAGGCUUUAUAGACUCCUCUUAUGUUCAGUUUUUCGGUGACGACUUUCUGCGCACACUGAUCUUACGUUUCGUCUUCUGUGAUGUCGUGCUGCGUUUGCAUCGCGGCUUUCGUGGGCGCCAUAUGCGACCGCGUUGUGAACCGCAGCUCCCUGCCAAUGAGCUCCUGGAGCACCCGUCGCUAUCGCACAUCGUUUUCCAGUUGGCUUCGGCGCUCGACGUGCGUGGUCACUUCUCCGAAGGGCCCGAGUGCGACUGAUGAUUUUUUAUGGUCGUAGUUUUAGUUAUAGUCGUAAUAAUCUACAUUAGGCAGCAGCUGUAUCAGAUCUUCAAUUGGUACUACCACGACAGACAGUUUUCAUUUUCGCAUUUCGUGUACGAUACUUUUUCACAAGGCUGGGACUGGGGCUGACAGAGACAUAUGGCACUAAAAAUAAGAGUAUGUUUGAGUUAUGAGUUAUAUGUACAUGAUGGAAUAUGGGCUGAAAAGCUAAGAUCAGUUUUCACGAUGUUGCUUGUGUCGGGAGAAUCGCAUAUUCAAUGGAUAUACCAAGAAGAUAACAUAAUAUUAAAGUACAUAUACAUACAUUCAUAUAUGAAAUACUCAAAUAGCUAGUUUUCUUAUAUAGUGCGUCGCGCAAUGGAAAGGUCCAAUGUUAGUUGCUUAGCAUAUAAUGAAGAAACACAUAAUUUACACGAUACGACGAAAAAACGUAUAAAACGAAACAGCAACCGAAACAAACGUGAAAACAUGUCAAACAACCUAUGAAAACUGCCAAAUAGAAGCGGCUAUAAAGCUGAAAUCAAAUUUACAUAGUUUGGGAUGGAACUGUGCAGAACUUUUUUUAAAUUUAACGUUUUUAAUAAUUAGAAAUCAAGUCUUUGUCAUACGCAGCAAAAACGCUUUAGCCUUUAUAUUAAAAAUAAACCAAAAACACAAAAACCCCUAAAAACCAAAUAGAAACCAAUUUGAAAUUCGAACACGACACACUAUAUAAGAAAUGCGAUUUUAUGCAUUGAACACGGCGCCCUAUGAAAAAGUAAUAUAUUGUACGUAUGUAAUAUUGAAUAUACAAUAUUAUUAUUAAAUGAUGACUGAAUGUUACUGUUUCAAAACGCAAAGUUUAGCAGAAAUAAUGAAAUAAUAAUGAAAAUAAAAACCUAUUCAUACAACAUUUUAUACGAAGCAAGCAAAAAUGUAUACUUAAACAUACAACUAACGAAAUAAAAGUAUUUAAUAACAGAUACCCAACCACACGAGUUCUAGAAAUAACAAAACAAAUAAACAAAUGUCAUAUACAAUCACACAAUCGCAAAACAUUUUUGUUCGCUCAGUAAUUAUUGUACAUUACAAAAUUGCAUUUAAACAAAAAGAAAU